CCAACACAACUCUGUGCCUGAUGAUUUGACAAUGCGGGUCUACAUGAUAAAAGACACAAUGGCAGUGUUCAUACACCCCUCGACAUCAAGGUGCGCUGACUGGGCGACGUGAUUUGACAAUCGGGGACAGAGUCGGCGGUUGAACGUUGUCAAGUGAAUUCAUAUGACGAUAAUCUGGAAAUGUCAGUGGAUAUUACUUUGUUUUAUGAUAUGACAGAACACGCCGACGUUUAAGGUGGGAUGGUGUUAAACUGACAGUACGUCAAAAUGGCCAAGUCACGUGGUACAAGCAGACGCGUCAUCCUCGCCAAUGAAAGUAUCUCAGACAUCCGAUUGGUGGAGAUAUGGUUGUACCUUCUUGGUGUCAUCUGGUGGCUGUUGACGGUUGUAUUCCGCGCCUGGAGUCUGAACCCAGUCAGCUUCCUCUACCACCGGAUGAAGACCAUGUACAUGUUAGACGGCAAGAGUGAUCUCCCCAUACAACCCAGGUGGACGGACCGCAUCAGGGAUCUGUUUAUUUCAGAUGUCCAAAGAAAGAUCCGUCUACUUCAGUGGGUCAAGUCACGAGUGACCCACAUCCAAAUCGACGACUUCAUCUACUCCUGGCAAGACGGUAUAGCACUGUGCGCCCUCCUCGAGUCCCUCAGCCCUGGCUUGUGUCCCAGAUACUAUCUCCUCAAAUCUGUGCUCAGGGUCAACAACUGCAAAUUUGGGCUGCAAAUCGCAAACAAAUUCCUGGAUAUACAGCGGGUUGUCAUCACCCCGGAAGAGAUGGCCAUAGCAGCGGAAGACACAGAGCUGAAGAUCGUCCAUCUUGUCCACAUGAUCCGGUGGAAACAUCAGCGUAUGCCCAAGUCAUCUACUCCCGCACACGCUGUAGCACUUCCAGUGAGGAGGGUCUUGAGCAGGUGCUUUGCACGUGGAACCGGUUUGAAAACAGCGAUGGUUGGACGCAGGGCCAAGUUCAACAUCAUCACAGACGAUGAAGGUACACUUGACCUUCUGGUAGAAAUCAUUGGUCCACUUGGAGAGAUGAACAGUGAAAGGAUAUCUUCUCUCCAUCCAGAAAUAUCCUCCAAACACCAACAUGAAACUACUAUAAACACCCUGAAGCCUCCAUCCGAACCGCGGUCAAAGGUAAUUGAAGAUAGUGAGGGAAACAAGUUCAUCCGUCAGAAAAGGUUUGACGAAGACAGUAACCAAGUCAUACCAUUUGACUAUCAAAGCAUAGGGGAAGGACGAUUCCUUGUGACGUAUGUUCCAAGAAACACGGGUGUUCAUGACAUUGUCAUCAAAUCCCACGACCACCAUAUUCAGGGAAGCCCCUAUCAAGUCUCUGUGUCGGACUGGUCAAGCUCGUGGAACGUUUUAGGGAAGAGCAAGCCUAUGACUUUAGGCAUGCUGCCAUCAAUCAGCAAGGGCCCAGCCAAGAUGAAACAACUCCAGGAGGAAGUAUCCAACAGGUUCCUGGAUGCUGGAGUCAGAUCCAGACGCCACAGAGGCCACUCCAAACAACUCACAAUAGGAAAACGGAGAGUUGUUAAAAGGGUGAUAACUCGAAAUGGAGAGGAGAUUGCUCUUUCGGAUUUUUCUCCUUCGCCAACUUUGUCUAGGCAGAGUAGUGCCGAAUUCUCUGAUCUGUCUGAAGAAGAACAGAACAGGAAAGACUGUAUCGGAAAGAGACUGACGUGGCAGUCUGGAGUUAAGCAUGCUAACAACGCAGGCAAAGGAAAGUUUCAGGCUGUCAAAGAAGACAUAUAUAUCCCCGAGGACGAGACGUACAAUGACACAUCUGACUCUCUGUCAGUGAUAUCAAUUGAUUCAGAUAGUAUAAAGAAGAAACCCCUAUCAAAGGACAUUAACAAAGGGAAAGCUGUUCACGAAUGUGUUCCAGAAAGCAACGGGCGUAGUUUUUGCAGUAAUUCAAAGCAGAAUUCUUCACACAAGUCUUCUGUCCAUUGCAGCGUUUCGGACAAAAUGGGCAGGGCAGUUGAACCUGUGAGAUAUUCCAGUGAUGAAAUAAAUGAAAACUGUAUGGCAGGCGUUCAUCUGAAGCUUCUGCAAUCAGACAGCCAUAAGAAAUCUUGUUACUACAUGAAGGAUACGACUAUCAUAGAUGAUUCCUCUAACUGUGAGCCACCUAUUGCAGCACAUCCCAGACCAAACAUGUUGCAGAUGUCGCGACAAUGGCAGUCUUUCGAUGUUGACCAACUUCCCAAAGACUCUCCACGGAUAGAAUAUGUCAACAACACGUGUCCAAAGGCAAAGACAACGAGGGAUUCAUCCUGUCAGAACGGGGAUGCCUCAAAGGACAAUGAUGAUGAACAGGUGGCAGUUAAAGCAACUGCAGCGGACGAAUCAAUCCUGUCAGAGCAUUCUGGACGUACAGAAACGCUCUUGGGUAGGUCUACAAAGACUUCCAGCCAACUUCAAUCCAAGGAAGGAAAAGAAGACCAGGGUCACUCACACCCUUCCGGCAGUUCAAGCAGCACCAUAACACCAACUGGGUUUAAGAGCAUUGUUGACCAACAGUCCCCAUAUCGAUCAUGGACCAACUCCCAGGUGGUUAUCGUGGUACCUAGAGCGAAGGUUGACAAGACGACCCAAGUAACAAAUGAGGAGAUCAAGAAUGCUACGGGUUGGCAUUCUGGUGCAUUUAAGAUCAAGAAACGUAAAAUAUAUAUUAACACUGGCAACAUCCAACAGCAAUCUCAAGCAGCUGAAUCUGAUAUACCCUUGAAUGGCGAUGACAUAGAGGGCUCUCUCAAUGGAAACAUUAAUGCCCAAGAGAGACAGAGAAAUGUCUUUAAUGUGGAAGAAUGGCUGCACAGUAACGGCAAUGAUAUAUUUCGCGCUCCUUCAGACAGACAGUCAACCUUUGAUACGAUAGAUAGUGGCAUAGCUGAUGAGAAUAUCUCCCUUUGGAACCAUGGAGGCACAAAUGGGCACCGGAGGAUAUCCAGAAGGCAACGUCCUCAUGAGAUUCAGUUAGAUCCAAGUACUAGGAACUACCAUCAACGAAGAAGGAGGUUGCAGUUUCAGAGAGGGUCUCAACGAAGGGUACUCCAUUCUUCAUUAUCAGAGAUUGGGUCCAAGCUGGUUGAAUGUUCGAAUGAAGAGUUAAACUUUUCCGACUCGGAACUUGAAUACAGCUCGAGACGAAAUCGGAUGCACAACAGGGCUCAGUUUAGAAGCCAGAACAGUUGUCAUGGUGAUACUUUGCGUCGAUCAAUGAUAGCUAUUGGAAGGGAUACAGAUGGUGCGAACAUGCAACAUCUGAAGAGAAACCGUUCAGUAAGUGGACAGGACCAGUUUCAUGUAGAAGCUGCAUCACGUAAAGGUCAAGCAUUCUUCGGUUGGUGCGGUGAUCAAAGUAAUACGGGUAACAUUGGAACUGUUACUGUGUCAGACACUGUUAGGAUAAGCAGUAAAGAACCUGAAAGAGUUAGAUCAUCUGGUAAGAGUGCCGAUGAUGGACUCGGACUUUCAACCUUACAGAGAUCACAUUUUGUUGGUGAAACAAACAUGUUGAGAAAUGUUGAGGAUCAUUUGAAAAAUAUGACACAAAAAUCAAGGACGUGUGGAACUGGAAGUGACAGACUGGAUGGAAACAAACUGGACAAUAACAAACAACCCUUUAGGAAGGUGUUUACCUCUGGACCUGUUGGUACACCGACACAAGGAAAUGAUUCACUCAAUGUCCAAAGUGGAAAACAGGAUGGCAAUCAGUUGAAAGAACAAGCUAACUUUAAGACUGUAAAAGUAGUUCGCCCUCCGACAGAACAUAUUGAAACUUCUUCAUGUCUUAAUGACUCGCCUGUUGUUCCUCCGAGUCCCAAUACUCCAGAUGUGAAUAUUCAGGAAUAUUCCCUCUCAGACUCUAGGCGACCAGGUUCUGAUGUAGUUGAUGAAGCAUGGUUCUCAAAGUUCUUUCCCAAAUCUGUGUUGCAACUACUAGAAAAUAACCCUUUCUCUGAGACCACCGGGGGUGACGAGAGACUCCCCGGAGACCUUAGUGAAGAGGAAGAGUGUCUGGCGUUUGGAGCUGGUUUGUCUUAUGGACAGGUCGGGAUGAAGAACAACUUCCAGGUGUGGGUCCGCUAUCCCUGCAACGGCAUCGUCAACAUCAGCGUCCACGGCCCAGAUCCCCGCUACAUUACAGAGACAUCGACAACAUACACGGGUGAUAACUUGUAUGAGGUCAUGUAUGAGGUCACACAUCCGGGCUAUUAUGUCAUCACAGUUAAGUGGUGUGACCAGAACGUUGCAAAUAGUCCCUUCAUUACCAAAGUAGCUUGGGAUUAAAGGAAGCCAUCGAUCGAUACUCAAAGGCCGGACGUCCUAUAGUAACUCGUGACCUAUUUACGUCAAAUGGAAUUCCCUUUCUGCACACAACACCUCUUAUGACUACCACAUAUGUGUAGAAAACCAAGGGACGCUAAUACUAGCAUGAUUGUGUAAGGCUCAUUUUGAAAAUUGAAAUGAGAGCUCAAUGUCUAUUUCUAACAGCUCGUUUCUAUUGUCGCACAUUGGUUGGUAUGGUUUUCAUAGUGUGGUCUAAACGUUGAGAAUAACCCUUUAUGGCAGGUGUAACAGGUGUGUGUUCCAACCUGUGUUCCAGCCGUCAUACAAGUGGAAUAUUGCUGAGUGCGGCGUUAAACAAAUAUCAAACAAAAAAUAUUUUUGUUCCAAAUAUUCCUUCAUAUCGAGAAUAACCCUGGCUUGAAGGCAUGCACACUGGUGGUAAAGAAGGAAACAUGUCCCCAGUAUCCCACACUUGUAUCCGACUAUUUCAUAUUCUCGUUAGGGUAGGGUUAGGGUUAGUGUCAUAAAGUAAUGAAUGAAUGCUGUUCAAUAAGGAUAAGAAUAGCCUAUUGCCGAUGCUGUGUACUUGUCGUGGGGUGUAAUUUCGUUUGUCUGCCAUUCCGUUACCAGUCCAACAAUUAUAUGCACCCGAUUCAUAAUUUUUAAUGUAACCACGUGCUGUCCGUGUGCGUGUGUUGACAAACUGCCAUGCCUUUCCUAUGAUGACGAAAUAACUAACUGCCAUUAAAUUUUCUUGAAUGACCACGGAGACUUCUUCGUCUUCUUUUCAGUUAGGGUUAGGGUUGGAGUCUCCAGUACCCCAUGCUUCAAGCUGACCAUUUCAUAUGCUGAGGACCGGGAUUUUUGUUAGAAGCAGAGUAUCUUUACUGCUUUAUACAAUAUUUUUCUCCGAUUCCCGUCGUAUGACGGGCGUAUAAGAUGGCUUAAUCCUUCUAUUGCAUCCGGUAUCUGAGGACUAUAUAUAAGGUCGUUCAAUCAUUUCAUCACAUCCGGUAUUUAAGAGAAUACAGAUAUUAGCGACGAAGGGAUUUCCUUAAUGAUAAGUCUCCGAUGAAAUCGUUCAAUACCUCCAUUGCAUCUGGGGCUUAUAUAAAGCCGUUCAGUCAAUCAAUUACAUUCGGUAUUUGAGGAGCAUUUGUGGUCGUUCCGUCAUUCUGUAACAUUCAAUGAUUAUGGAGAAUAUGAGGUCGUUAAGUCAUUCUAUUACCUCCGGUGAUUUAGGAGAAUAUAUGUCGUUCAGCCAUUCCAAUACAUUCGGUGAUUGUGGAACAUGUAUGGUCGUUCAGUCAUUUCAUUACAUCCGGUGAUUGAGGAGAAUAUAUGGUCGUUUACUCAUUUCAUUGCAUACAGCAAUUCUCCAGUUAUACUCUUCUUUUACUUUCGAUGCAUAUUUCGUAUCUAGAAGAGAGCUGAAGAUCAGUUUAAUUGUAAGUUUUAUGGCACACUCCGUGGCCAGAAGGCUGCAUCUAAGUUCACGUGGGGCGUGCUGUAUGAUUGAGUGUGGACCCUGGGCCCUUAACUUGUUGAAGGGGUGUAUUUUCUCCGGAAUGCUCAUAUGAUUUGAUACUGUGCAUCUUUUGACUUGUCGCAUCUAUAACUGUACGUGUAUUCUGAUAACCGAUGGCUACGCUUUGGAUUCUGACUUUUGUAGUCGUAUUGCAAAAUGAAAUAUUAUUGUUGGUAGUAGUAUUGUAAUUAUAAGAGCCCUUGGAAAUAAAAUAACCCAAAGAGACAUGUAUGUAAGAUGAAAUUCUACGUCACCUCAAAUUAACCAUUCAGUAGUAGCUUGAGAAUGGCCGAUUUCACAUAUUUUUUUUCAAAUCCGAAAAAAUGUUUUAAAAAGCAUAUUAAUGAUGAUGUACCGAAACUAAUGGGCCCAGGGUAGUUAUGAUAGGAUAUAUAAUACCCUGGGACACUGAGGAUGAGGAACAGUUUGUAACAAAUGGGUAUCCUUGUCAAACGAGGUCUGCUACACACACACACACACACACACACACACACACACACACACACACACACAC